AUGGCAGCAAACAUCAAAAAGUGGUGCAAACUAACAGCAGCCGCUUUCAUCGUCUCCACCUUUUUCCUGCUCUGCGCUGAUCAACUGGCAAAGCCGGAUUAUACUCCGCAUCAUCCAGCGGAAUUCCAGCAACCCAAUCAUCAAUGCAUCGACUUGGUGGAGAACAACUCGACUACCGUCCGAGGUCGAAUUAAAACCAUCUUGUUGUGGAACGCUCCUCAGAGGCCGGAAGUUGUCAUCUUCGGCACUGGGCACGACGCUUUCGUCCAGCACGGAUGCCCAGUCAGCGAUUGCGAAUUAGUCAACAGUCCCUAUCAGUACCCGGAACGAUCUGUGGACUCUUACGACGCCAUCGUGUUCAACAUCAACGACCAGUUUGGCGUGGGAAGUCGGCGGCCGUAUGCCGAUGGGAAUCAAAGGCCGGCCACUCAACGUUACGUCUUUUUUACACAGGAACCACCUCCUGCGCUGGUAGAUCAGAAUCUGGCCCAAUACCGAAACUACUUCAACUGGACCAUGACCUACCGGAUGGACUCGGACGUCCGGUUGCUGUACGGGCGGAUCAGCCCAAAACCGUCGGCACCCAAAACGAUGGAAGAAACGGAGGUCAGAAUGAGAGAAUCCACUCGCCAGUUGAUGUUGAACAAACGAAAAAUUAACAGAAGGAAGAAGAAAAAGAAGAAAUUAGUGGCCGCCAUGAUCUCCCAUUGCACAACGGACGGCCAGCGGGAACAGUACGUCAAACAAUUGAAGAAACACGUCAAAGUCGACGUGUACGGAUGGUGCGACGAUGAAGGACUAGGCUCAGGUCUGCGUUGCGACACUCACGAACUUCUGACGUCCACUCCCGAAUGUUACAACAUGCUGGAAUCCAAUUACAAAUUUUACUUGUCCUUUGAGAACGCCAUCUGCCAGGAUUAUGUGACGGAAAAGUUUUUCCACAUCAUGAGCCUGCGGGAUAUUGUGCCCGUCGUCUACGGUGGUGCCGACUACGCCCAGUUGGCACCGGAGCAUUCGUACAUCGAUGCCCUGCAUUUUGAGCCGAAGAAACUGGCCGCCUAUUUGGAGAUGUUGGCCGCCAACGAGACGCUGUACAACGAGUAUCUGUGGUGGAAGGACGACUACAUCGUUGAAGCCGGGCUGGAGCAAAUGGUCCGUCACGGUUUCUGCGACCUCUGCCGGAAACUGCACGUUGACAACGAGCGAAUCAAAUCCUACCCGAGUUUGUUUCCCAAAUGGCAUCCCGGAAGGUGUUCUCGUCCUACAUACAAGUCGAAGAAAUCUCCGAAAAAAUUCCCUUUUCUAAAAUGA